UUGGCUGAAUUGUGCUUCUUCUUUAAAUUUUUGGUAGGUAACAUCUUUUCAGGUCUCGUGUUUCUUUCCCCAGUAGGGACAUUCAAUAGAAUAGUAAAGAAUGGAUCAACAGAGGAUUUUGAUAGCCUUCCGUACAUUUGUACAUUGCUUAAUUCAUCUUUGUGGACUUACUAUGGAAUUAUUAAGCCAGGCAGCUACCUUGUCUCUACUGUCAAUGGCUUUGGAGUCAUUGUUGAGACUAUCUACAUUGCUUUGUUCCUCAAAUUUGCUCAUCCAAAAAUGAGAACUAAGACAGCCAGCUUAGCUGGGGUUCUGAAUGUGGGGAUUUUAGCAACAAUUCUAUUAUUGGGGCAGUUGCUUUUACAUGGUCAAAUGAGAAUUAACGUAAUUGGUUUCCUUACCGCAGGUUUAACCAUCAUCAUGUAUAGCUCCCCUUUUGGUGUUGUGAAAACAGUGGUGACAACGAAGAGUGUAGAGUAUAUGCCAUUUUUUCUAUCGUUUUUCCUUUUCUUAAAUGGCGGCGUUUGGACUUUGUACGCCUUGCUUGUGGGUGACUGGUUUGUUGGAGUAUCAAAUGGGACGGGAUGCUUUCUGGGAGCAGUGCAGCUGAUUAUUUACGUCAUUUACCGGAACCCUAGUUCAUCAAAACAAUUAGAGGACCAAACGGAGUGCCUGCUACCACAUUCUUCCAGCUAA